CAAGAAGCUUGUUUUCUUUUUCCUGUUCCAAAAGAAACGCUAGGAGCAUACUUACCAUAAUUGCACAUAAUUAAAUUUAGUGUUUGGACUUCCAGUCAAUGCUCUGAAAUAUAAGUGAAACAUGAAGUUGCUAUUGAUCGAGGCAUCCUCUGCAGGAAAAUUGCGAGAUAACGACCAUUUAACCUGCGUGAUCUCUUAAUGUUCAAUUCGGACGUAAAUCAUUCCCGUUUAAGAAAAUACAAAAUAACAAAUUCCUGGUAAAUGCUUAUUUCCAAUCUAGAAGGAUUGACGAAAAGGAGAGAAAAGGAUCGAGACAAAAAAAAAAAGAAAAACCGCAACUGCGCUUAACACGAAACGAAAUGAUCGGGAAAAUAAAAUGAUUUUUUCCGAGAGGGUUCUCAACGCGUUUCUAAUUAAAGACAUGCCGGGCUAAUCCACAAGGGACAGCUCCUUACGUCUGCAAGCGAAAAAAAAAGUGAGCGAGCCCUGUCAAAAGACUGGAGAGAAACUUCCAUCAAGACACAAAAAAAGUUACCCAGUGGACUUUUAUUAUUUUCCACCCACUUUCAAGUCGAUAAAAUCAGCCGAUGCCUAUACUGGCAUCGUAUAAACAUAUAUAAGAACCUGCUUCUGGGCUGUCAUGGUGUACUGCGAAAUCUAGGAGUGUAAAACUGCAUCGAGGAUUUGAAUUUCCUGCUGUACAAGCUGCUUCUUACAAUCCCCGAGCAAAGUGGGAGAUACACUGCAGGAACCAGAGAAAGUAAGGAUACGAUUUCAAAAAGGGGGAAAAAGGGCAAUAAAAGACGACGCAGGGCAAAAGGCUGGUUUUAAUCAGAUUGCAGUAGCAAUGAGCAAACCGAGAUCACCUUUCUUUCUGGGACUGGUACUGUUACUGCUCACAGCUGGAUACUGCAAAGAAAGCACUGAAUCCACAGACACGAAGAACAGUCAAGCCCUUCUCAAACUGAUAAUGGACACGGUGAAGCACUUGAAAAAGCAUCAUACCGAGCAAAAUGAAAAUAUUGUGCAAUACAUUUCAAAACAUAGCGACUAUUCUCUUGAUCCAAAGGAGCAACAACACAUUGACAAAUCCUACCACGAGGAUCACCACGAGGAUCACAUUGUUGAAAUCUUUCCUAGAGAUCUCAGGACAAAGGAAAAAUUUUUAAAGCACUUAACAGGACCUCUUACCGUUAGUCCAAAGUGCAGCAAACACUUCUACAGGCUCUACCAUAAUACCAGAGACUGUACAAUACCUGCAUAUUACAGAAGAUGUGCCAGACUCCUCACGAGAUUAGCUGGAAGUUCACGAUGCAUGGAAGGUUAGCUUUAACAGCCUAACUAGGAAAGAAAUCCCAAGAACCAGGAAAAGUGCCUUGGAGAACAACAGGGAAACGACUGAACUGAAAACAUUUUUAUCUGUCAUACUUCAUUGUGAACUGAACAAAGAUUUAUUUUUGCAAAUGAAUGGAGUACUUCCAUAAACUUCACUUUUUGUAUGUUGGUCAGCAUCAUUUGCAGAUGUAUAACAAUCCUAUAAAACGACUUCUGAUAACUCAAAAAAAUAUAUAUUUAGGAAAAUAAAAUCCAAUGUUCUGCUGCCAAAAAGAAACUAGAUGCUUUUUCAUACAACAAGCAAAAAUAAUGAAAGCUACUUUUAUAUCGUCUAACAUGCGUUUUUGGCUCAUAUUUUGUUACAUUUAGUUUCUUCUCAGCAUUGGUUAUUACUUGACAAAUAAGGCUUGUAUAACAAAAUCCUGGACCACUGCAACCACAAUCAUUAAAUGCUGGGGUCAUAAUGUAUCCCACAAUUAAUUUAUAAAUUGCAUGACAAUUUUCAUGCCUUUUUGUCUUUGCAAGACAUUAUCUCUUGACUAGAGGUGAUUUAUGAAGUGCUGCCUAUAGUUUACAUUCUGUAAAAGAAAAACAGCAUUUCCUGAAACUCAUUUGAGUGUGGUAAAUAUAUAUAUUCAAGCUAAUAUCAUUAGUCUUUCUGUACAAUAAAUGUAUAAACAUUCCAGCUAACGUGCAAUAUGUAAAAAUUGUAAAUAUAAAAUAUAUCUCCUAUAAAUGAAAGUGUUUGGUAUAUGAUAUCAUCAGAUGUCAUGAAU